UACGUGACUACAAAAUGGCAGCUUUUCUGAUUUUUUUUCCACUGGAACCUUUAAUUUGACGUGAGGGCGAUCACGUGACCACGGGGACACGCCCACAGUAGUAAAUGAAGACUGCGUGGAUACAGCGGCAGGAGCGGCGGCAGUUUCCAAACCGAGCAACGGUGAGGCUGAGUUUACUCCAGUUUUAACCCGUCAUGGCUGUGAACGUUUACUCCACGUCAGUAACUAGUGACAAUCUCAGUCGCCAUGAUCUGUUGACCUGGAUUAACAGCUCCCUCCACAUGAACCAUGCCAAGAUUGAGCAGCUGUGUACAGGUGCUGCAUACUGUCAGUUCAUGGAUAUGUUGUUCCCAGCAUGUGUGCCAUUGAAGAAAGUGAAAUUCCAGGCCAAACUGGAGCAUGAAUAUAUCCACAACUUUAAAAUCCUUCAAGGAAGCUUUAAAAAGCUAGGAGUGAAUAAAAUUAUUCCAGUGGACAAGCUUGUGAAAGGGAAAUUUCAGGAUAACUUUGAGUUUGUGCAGUGGUUUAAGAAAUUCUUUGAUGCUAACUAUGAUGGAAAGGAGUACGAUCCAGAAGCAGCUCGACAGGGGCAGGAGGUCUCUGCCUCCCAGUGUCCGGCUCCAGGUUUGGCCAAUAAACCUCGGAAAGGCAGUUUGGAGACACGGAUCAGUUCAGCGAAGCCCACAGCUCCAGUUGCUCCACAGAGAAUGGCUGCAGCUUCUCCCAAGAGGGCAACUCCUCCAGUGCAGAGAACAGAUUCAGGGGCCAGAGAAGAGCUCAUGCAGAUGAUCAGUGAUCUAAAAUGCACCAUCGCGGAUUUGGAGAAGGAGAGGGACUUUUAUUUCAGCAAACUGAGGAACAUUGAGCUCACUUGCCAGGAAAAAGAGGGGGAAGCCGAUCCCACACUGCAAAAAAUAGUUGACAUUCUGUAUGCCACAGAUCAGGAAGGUUUUGAGAUCCCAGAGGAAGGUGCUGGUGAACCAGAAGAGUUUUGAGCAAACUUUAGGCCAUUGCCUGAUUUAAUGUUAAGUUCUUGUUCAAGUGGGUGUGUUUUGCACAUGCACAUUGCCAUCUUCCUUCGGUCAGGUGCCUUUGAGCCUUUGCUUUUGCACACUGACAUUUGAAUGUUUUAUAUUUGUAAAUGUUCUAUUUCUGUGGCUUCAAAUAUUUAUUUUUGAAUUAACAGAUGACUGAUUUAGAUGUAUUAUUAAAGGUGUUUGUUUGUC